GACAGGAUGGAUCUCAGUCCUCUCCCUGUGAUGUUCUUGCUGAUUUUACUUCUUCCAGCGCCACAUGCUGAAGAGACGCCACGCCCAGUACUGAGUGUAUCUCCACAGAGCUGGGUGACUGAAGGAGACUCAGUGACUCUAAUCUGUGAGGUUACAGACUCCUCUACAGACUGGACAUUCAACUGGUACAGAGAGGCUCUCAAGAAAGACAAUAUUGUCACAUAUAAAGACAGCAGUAGAGGAUCUCGAGGCUCCUACACUCUCAGUCCUGCUGCUCUUAAACACACAGGAGUUUAUACGUGCAGUGCAGAGAGAGACGGACAGACGGUUCAGACUGACCACAGCAAUUCACAGCCACUAUGGAUCACUGUUGAAUAG